AUGGUAACAAAAUUUUUGGAAAGUUUGGAAGAUCACAAACAACGUUUGCUUGGACCCAACAUCUGGAUUAUGACGUCGACGGGAUUGUUACUUCCAGAAAACAAUUUCUUUAAAGUGGUUUAUAUUAUUAUACACGAAUUAGUAACACUUUUCGUGAUUACGCAAUGCGUGGAGAUUUAUGUAGUAAGAUCUGACUUAGAUCAAGUUAUUGAAAAUGUUAAGAUAUCGUUAAUGAGCAUUAUGGGCGUGAUAAAAUCAAACUCUUUCCUGUUUGAGCAGAAUAGAUGGAAACAAGUUCUGGAGUACGUUACUGAAGCUGACGAAUACGAAAGAGUACACAAAGACAAAAUUAGAGGCGAAAUUAUUGACAGGUACACGAAAUAUUGCCGACGAGUUACUUACUUCUCCUUCAUUUUUGUCUUUGUUACUGUCGUAACAGUAAUUUCUACGCCUCUACUGAAUUUUUUAUCAUCACGAAACUUUCGAGAAGGUUUCCGCAAUGGCUCUGAACCAUUUCCCCACAUCUGCAGCUCGUGGACGCCCUUUGACAAAAAUCAUUCUCCGGGGUCCUGGAUAACAGUUAUUUGGCACAUUUGUAUGUGUGCAUAUGGCGGUUCUCUUGUAGCAGCUUAUGACACAAGUAUAAUCGUCAUAAUGAAAUUCUUUGGAGGAAAAUUGGACCUGUUGAGAGAACGAGCUAAGCUGGUGCUGGGUCCUCCAGGAAAUAGAAUCAGCGAUGACGAGGUCAAAAGAAUGCUGAGGUGUUUACACCAUGAGCAUAUCUUGCUAAUAAAGCAGUCAAGAUUAUUUAAUUCUCUGUUAUCGCCGGUAAUGUUUUUGUAUGUGGCUAUGUGCUCACUGAAUCUUUGUGCCGUCGCGUUUCAACUUACUUCAGCAACAAGUGCAACCCAAAAACUAUUCUUGGCAGUGUUUUUUUUGUUCGUAAUCGCGCAGAUAUUUAUAUAUUGCUGGCAAAGUAACGAUGUCCUGGUCAAAAGCAAACAACUAACACUCGGGCCUUACGAAAGUGAAUGGUGGGCCGCUAACGCGAAACAAAUGCAAUAUGCUUUAAUGUUGGCAGGACAAUUUCGAAUCCAAUGUGUUUUCACCGCCGGGCCGUUUGCUUCUCUCACCCUACCCACGUUUAUCACGAUUGUGAAAGGAGCAUAUAGCUAUUACACACUGUUGAGAAAAUAA